AUGGAGCUCCGUGCCACCCUCGCACGCUCGUUACAAUUGCGUCAAAGCUAUAUCGAAAUCUCGAGGUUUAUACGCGCACGGCAAUGGCACGGCCGAAGGACAUCAUGCACAGCACAGAGAUACGUGACCACGUCGGCCGCUCCUCGCGACGAGGCCCGGAGCACCUUCUACACGAACCAUCUUAAGAGAUUCAAUCAAUCUCGCCGUUCGGGCCAGAUAUUUUCUGGUGAAAGCAGCUCUGGAUGGAAUCGACUGCGGCAGGUCAAUCCAGACUCCCUCGCCUCACCCACCAACCCCGAGUCAGAGAACGUGGACCUGUAUGGUUACGUGACCUCAGUCAGACCUGUCAAAGGAUUCGAAUUUAUCCAGCUGGUGGACCCUCGUUUGGAAGUCGCGGUGCAGGUCAUCCUGCCGCAUGCCAGAAAGGAACGACACUUCAUCGACGAUCAAGAGGCGGAAGACGGCGACGGCUCAAGGGACAUAACAAAUCAACAAGGCAAUAUUCGUCCGCACACACCCGUCAAAAUAUCAGGUACCAUUGCCCGACGGUUAGUGCAGCAGAGAAAGAACAAAGGCGAACGGCAGGAAACGUCGAAUGUGCAAGGAGCAUUGAAGCACCCAAACACAGUUCAGAUGCUGGACCCAUACGUUGGACCUGUGGAUCUCAUUUCUCACGUUGAAGUUCGCGCAGAUAAUCUAAUGAAGCUCAAUGCAUUUCCUCCCGGGCUCGUUGCAACUUGCGAGACUGUCUUCCCACCAGAAUUGCGCCACGUGCAGUUUAGAACAGACUCAGAGCUUCGCCGUCGCAUCCGAUUGCGCUCUCGGCUUUCCGGCAAGAUACGUGAGCAUAUGCUGAACCACGACUUUGACGAGAUUGAGACACCUAUACUGUUUAAGUCAACGCCGGAAGGUGCUCGAGAAUUCCUUGUCCCAACGAGGAAAAAGGGGCUGGCUUACGCACUCCCGCAGAGCCCGCAGCAGUACAAACAGGUCCUGAUGGCGUCCGGACUACCCCGUUACUUCCAGUUUGCCAGGUGUUUUCGAGACGAAGACCUCAGGGCUGACAGACAGCCCGAAUUCACUCAGCUCGAUCUCGAAAUGGCUUUCGCAGGAAGUACUGAUGUCAUGAAAACCGUGGAAGCUCUGCUCUUGGAUGCGGUGUGGCCCAAUGUGCCAGGGAUCGCAUCACUGCAGCCACCUACUUCAACCAGCCUCUCUGAAAACGAGGAAACGGUUUCAGAUCCUAAACGCCCGGCUUUUCCGCAGCUCACAUAUGACGAUGCCAUGAGUCGGUAUGGCUCGGACAAGCCUGACACUCGUUUAGGCUCUAAAAUCCGCAGAGUUGAUAGCUGGAUGCCACCCAAUGCGAAAGGCAUGAUCACGUCGCUUGAUGACCCUAUAGUUGAGAUGAUUAAAAUCGACAUGCAAGGCACCGAACCCGCGGAGAGUCAGAAGUUCUUCCAAGAAUUCCUUGAUGCGUCGGCAAAGGCAAGGUACGCAACUGACGAAGCACGAAUACCAGGGGUGGCUGUCUACGAUCCCCUUAAGCCAUUGCAUGGCCUGGCGACCUUUGGUCACGAGGGAGCGGCUCGAGUGGAAGAAGAGUUCGAACCCGAACCUGGCGAUCUCUUGAUCUUCUGGAGUCGCGAAGACAAGCCAUUCGCUGGUGGUUCCACGGUCCUGGGUGACCUCCGCCGCGAUGUCUAUCAAAGUGCCAUAUCACAGGGUUUGAUCACGGCUCCCUCUGGGUUCUCACCGCUAUGGAUCAUAGAUUUCCCUCUCUUCUCCCCGAUAGAGGAGUCAAAACCAGGACAAGAUGAGACAGCAAGAGUUUGCUCGACUCAUCAUCCUUUCACGGCUCCCAAACACGGCCGAGAUCUAAAUCACCGGCUCUUCAGGGACGAACCUUUAUCGAUCAUCGGCGAUCACUAUGAUCUUGUGAUCAACGGAGUGGAGGUGGGCGGCGGUUCCUGUCGUAUCCAUUGUCCAGUUACGCAGCGCUUCAUCUUCAGCGAAGUCCUCGGAAUGUCCGGAAGGCAGAUCAAAACCGACUUUCAACAUCUACUCGACGCACUGAGCGCUGGGUGUCCGCCGCACGCUGGUUUUGCGUUGGGCUUCGAUCGGUUGAUGACUAUGUUGACGAACAGCACCAGUGUACGAGACGUGAUUGCUUUCCCCAAAACUGCCGACGGGGAAGAUAAAUUUGCUGGCUCACCUUCACGGCUCACCCCCGAGCAGCUGGCAACCUACCACCUCGCAAUAGCCAACAAGGCCUCGGAGCCUUUGGGAAACAAGAUCUCGAAGAAGGCAUAG